AUGUCUGGAAGGCUGUGGUCCGAGGCCACUUUUGCUGGCUAUAACCAGAACCAGAGAAAGUACAUUGCUCUUCCUUUCUAUCUAGGCAAAAGAUGUGCUCAUGUGUACAAAGCAAAGAAUAACGCAGUGACUCCCAGUGGCAAACCGAACAAAACCAGAGUCAUCUGGGGAAAGGUAACUCGUGCUCAUGGAAACAGUGGCAUGGUUUGUGCCAAAUUCCAAAGCAACCUUCCUGCUAAGGUCAUUGGUCUCAGAAUCCUUGUAGUACUGUACCCCUAA